AUGGCGGUUAUGUGUGAAUGUCCUGUCGAGAUUGCCUUUGAUACAUCCGCGCUUCCGGAUUGUAAAGAAAUUUCCCACCACGAGUUUCUGUCCAGUUUCCUGACCGAUCAAGCCCUGACAGACCUUUCCCUCUUGGGCAAUGAUGGCCAAGUCGUACGGGCCAAUCGAUUGGUGUUGGCCGCGCGGAGCAAAGUCUUUCGGAGUAUGCUCUUGGGAGAAUUUGCCGAAGCACGAAAGGAUGUCAUUCCCUUGAACUACCAGGGAUGCGUCCUGCAGGCCAUUCUUGAAUACAUUCUCACCGAUUCCGCCGAACUGCUGCGAAAAGGUACCUUGCUGUGUUACAGUGAUGAUGGUGAUGACGAUGAAAAAGAAGACAGCAAUAUCAACAACAAUAUCACUCCUUCAUAUUCUUCUAAUGACGGCGGCGAUGAUAACGACAACAACCCCUUUGAACGAGUCAAAACACUCGUGUCGCUCAUGGGCGCCGCCAUUUACUUCAAUCUACCACUUCUGUGCGAAAAAGUCUUUCAACACUUGGCUCACUGCCUCAAGAAGGAACCAUCACUCUCCUUUGCCGUAUUGGAAGCCUACAAACAAGAAGCACCCGCCAUCCCCACACAGCUCAAGAACCUGGCCAUGUCCAAAUUGAGUACCAACAUUGAAAAUUUGGAUGAGAAAUGUGGCGUCUCACUCCUCAGUGCGUCGUCGCUGGAAGAAAUAUUAAAAGACAACACUAUUCAAGCUGAUGAACAGAAUCUAUUUGAACUCGUCUUGCAGUGGGCCGAACAAGAAGAAGACGACGACGACAAUCAUCAUCAUGAUCGAUCCCUGGCGGCAUCGGAAAUGAUACAACACCACGUACGUCUUGAUUGGAUUGAUCCCGAGUACUUGUCCACCACCGUGGCGGAAUCCAAUCUAGUGUCGCAAAAAUCACUGCUGGAAGCAUUCAAACUACAAGCCCUGGCGGCCAAGAAACAACACAAUGUCGUCUUUCGUCGACGACGAUGUCAACCGGUGUGGAACAGUACCUUGUCCGAAAUGUCGACAGCCGGAGAAAUGCGUGGCGUCGACAUGUUGCAGUACCCUUCCAUGUCUUCCGGGAUACAUCGAUGGACUGUGGAAGUUGUCAAGGAUGUCACAUUUACAUGGCUAGGAGUGGCGCUGCCAUCCAAACCGUUGGACCUGCACAAAUGGCUGGGAAAACAAGAUGCCGGAUGGGCCUAUGGAUCCAAUGGUGCCGCCUGUCAUCAAACCGACACCUACAAUUGUGUGCACCCAAAGUUCAAGGAAGGAUCCCGCGUCACAAUGACACUGAAUCUACUAGCAAACGACGAAGAAAAGAACGGUACCCUGUCGGCGUCGGUCGAUGGAGGAGAGGAAUUCAUUCUCUUUGACAAUCUACGAGCACAACUGGUGCCAGGCCAAGAAGACUGUGGCUUUGUACCGGCAGUAUCCAACCGUGCCCCCGCCAAGAUCCGACUCAUUGAUAUUGAAAGGUUAUGUUAG